CGACCUAAGAUUAGGUUGGGAGUGGAUGAGGAAACGAUCAUGGAAAACUUGUUUGGGGAGGAAAUUAAAUUUUUGGGCCGAGAUGGAUUUGAAGGCUCAGAAAAGGAGCGACGCAUGUGCAUGAAUGUUAUGGAUGGAGUGGAUGUUAGAAAUUUCAGCAAUUCUUCCAAGAUGGUAAAAUUUCAAGUGAGAAGCAGAAAUGAAUCACUUACAGAAGCCACAGCCAAAUCUCCUAUUUCUAAAGAGAGUUGUGCUUCUACACAGUCAAAACAUGACAUGUGCAUCGUUGAAAGCUCAGUGGGGAUGCCAUCUGAUGUGGAUUUUUCUGCUAGUACUCCUUCACCUGCUGUCCUGAGUAAAAUUGUUGCAGAAGAAAAUGUAUUAAAACAUUCCUUAGUGGAUCUCCAAACACCGGCCAACCAAAAAUACGAAGAGUCAGAUGCUACUGGUUUGGUUAAUUAUGUGUUAGCCCUGCCAUGCCAACAGUCGGCUGAACCUAAUGUUCCAACCACUGACGCUAUCACUGCAUUGGUUGAGACGCCAACUUGUAAUGUUAUUCAUGCUCACCUCAGUUCCGAAGAACAUCUGGGAAACAUAGUUACAGAACAUAGCAAUCGAAUAUCGCCAAUAGAAUAUCGUUGGAACCAUUAUGUAGUAGGGAUCUUACCCUUCUGCUCCGCUCACAUGCAUGUCGUCUUCUUAAGGAUGCUGGUUGGCUGGUUAAGAUUCGGCAACGCAUUCACAAGCCCCAAGUUGAUUCCCACUAUAUAUCACCCAAUGGACAUACUUUUCACUCCCUUUCCAAAGCUUGGGUGGCAUUUGGGUCCGAGUUACUUGCUAGUAUUCAAAUUGCAGGAGCUAAUGUCAAAAUGGAAAGAGUUUGGGCUCAUAUUGAUGGGUUCUGGGCUGACUUAGCAAAUAUUUUGGUAGAAAUUAAUGCAAAGAUCCAGGGCAUGGAAAAGCCUGCUUCUUUUCUGCUGCAAUGGUGCAUACUUGAUCCUUUCAUGGCUGUGGUGUGCAUUGAUAAAAAAGUUACUGCUCUGAAACGCGGAAUGGUAGUGAAAGCGGCAAAAAGUAAAGCAAUCAUUUUAAGUGACAACAAGAGCUUGUUCUUUGCAUCGGAGGGUGCGAGUAAGCUUCAAGAUCACACUUUCCCUCGCAACAUGGGCCAAUCAGUGCAGCCAGUUUUUUCUGAUAGCAGGUCAGAGGUGCUUAGAUGUUCCAGUGGUCAGCAGUUUUCACCUUUACAUGCUUUUCAAGGUUUGAAAAGAAAAGGGAAGCACAAUAAAUUAGUGUAUGGUACAAGCGAUGAUAUGCAUUCCCCCAGUAAAAGACACAAAAGCUCAUCUAGGCACGUAACCAAAGUGUUUUCUAAUGCUACGAACUUGCAUGGAAUGAAGCACAAUAUUUCAUUAGCCAAUGAUAUGCCAGUUCAAGAGGCGAUGAUCUUUGAUGGUUCUUCAAAUCCUGAUUGCUUGAAUCCAUCUGAAAAUUCUUCAAUUCAGACAAAAGGAGUGUGUUGCAGUCCCACUGAGAAAUCUAACAUUGAUAAUGAUUCUUUCAAUGAAUCAAGAACUGAUCGACCAGUACUUUCUAAAGACACCCCAUGCAGCUCGAUGAGCACGGCAAAUCAAAAGGAUAAAUUUGGCUCUUCUAAUGUUUUUGGUGAUAGCAGUAGGAGGGCAUUAACUUUUCAAGAAAGCGUUGAAAUUGGUGUUAGUUCAUAUUUCAAGCCUACCGAUGUUAGUUGUAAUACUCAUGAGAGAUAUGAGGAUCUUGGUGAAGUUGGACAACUGGGGAGGACAGAUUUUGGAAAUACUAGCAACUUUUUCGGAACUUUUUAA